GCAGAGUAAGGUCUUUCCAGUCACCCUCUGUCAAUCUGCUCUCAAAACAGCCAAGAAACUUUUCUCAUGACCGUGCCCAUUCUUCCAUCUGGUAGUCGCAUGCGAAUCUCGCUAUAGUGGCUCCUCCUACUCCACAGUCUGCCUGCUUUGAGCAGCUUGCAGUGUCACACCGGUGGAGCAGAGGCGCCUGGUUCCGGACAAACUGCGAAAGAGUCGGUAGACACUGAGGACCAUGACUUCUUUCACCUUCGGAGACAGACAGCAGUAUCUGCAGCUGGUGGGCAGCAAAGCUGCCACUGGUGAGUUGAAGCUGUUUGUACCGCACUUCAAAAGGACUUCAUUGACAGAUGUGCGAGAACUCAGCCCAUCCACAACACCAUCCUGUGACAUUCCUUUCAGUUUUGACUGUGUGGAGCCCUUAGAUUUUGAGGCACAUAUAUCCAAUCAAAUGGCAAGUUCUGAGUUGGGAUCACUGGAGAAUCUAGUGGAUUUCCCCAAAGAUGAUAUUGAGGUCACAUUAUCACCUCGACUGUACCGGACUGUUAACCCUGCUGUGCCCGACGAUUGGAAUAACCUGACCCCGCAGGUGAGAUCAUGUGUCAAGACUUACACCAAGAAUUGGCUGACAGUUAUGAGGCGGUAUCAAAAGUGCAGCAUUGGGAGUCGGAGGAAAGGACUGAACCUUCCUCAUCAAGUGUUUGAGUGUGAUGAAAGCUUCAGUACUGAGAAGCCAAAUCUCCACCUAUGCUGGCAUAAUUCUGUCGCUGUGCAGGCAGAUGAGCUAGAGACCGAGGCUCCAGAACUCUUUAUUCAGAAGCUGCUGCAGCCCAUGGAUCAGGAGGAGGUUGAUCGGAAGAAUGAGACCAUGCGUAAAUCUGGCAGGCUGCUAGAUCUGUUUAUGCUCUUCCCUGCAUCUGAUGAAGACGAAGCUGUGCGCCAUCGAGCCAUUCCCCCAUCACCAUGCGAACAAUUCGAGCAGAGAUUGCAAAUUAAUUUUCUAGAGUUCAAGUUUGAAAUUGAAAUCGAGCCACUCUUUUUGAUUUUGGCUUUGUAUGAUUUAAAAGAGAGGAGAAAGAUUUCAGAAAAUUUCUACUUGGAUAUGAACUCGGAAGAAUUUCGAGACAUUUCUCAGUCACAAGCACAGUCCUUGUGCUAUUUCAGAAAGGCCAUCUUCUCAAUCACCCAGCCUUCUUCUGAAAUUUACUUGGUCAUUAAGGUGGAGAAGGUGCUACAGCAGGGCAGUAUCACUGACUGUGCUGAGCCAUACAUGACCAUUAAAGAGAACGAGACAGCCAAGAUAAAAGAGAAGAUUGGAAAGCUACGGUUCCAGGCAGCUUCUUUCUGCCAGCGACUGAGUUUGUAUCGAAUGCCAUUCGCCUGGGCUGCAGUUGAUCUCAUGAGUCUCACUUCUAAUCGCAGUUCCCAGAAUUCACUGGACAGAGAGGCCAUCAUUGGAGGCAGUGGGAGUGAGGUGCGCUCACGAUCGUUAGACAGCAAGAAUCACAUCUUCCCAUUUGGACCCGUGCAGCACAGCCUCAACAUGUUUAAUAAACAGGAGGAAGAUAAGCUCAGUGAUGAAGACCUGAUGAAGUUCAUCACAGAUGAGAAAAAGCCAUCACCUUUACUGAGGAGACUGCGCAAGAUCCCAGGUGUUUUCCGAUUUGAAGUAAGCCCUGUUAAAGACACUCCGUCCUUUUGUUUCACCCCCGACUUUUUGGAAUUAAAGUCAUCAAAUAGUGGGGCUGCAGAGUUGGCUUUGGAAGUUUUAGAAUUCCCUCUGCCAGGUGUUUUGACUCCACACACAAUCUACAGAAACCUCCUUUAUGUCUACCCUCAAUUCCUCAACUUCACAAACCGACAGGGAUCAGCACGGAACAUCACUGUGAAAAUCCAGAUGAUGGGCAGCGAGAAAGCCAGCGAUGCUUUACCGGUCAUCUUUGGAAAAUCUGGACAUCCUGAAUAUGUGACUGAAUCAUAUACACCCGUAGCCUAUCACAGCAGGUCUCCUUUCUUCUACGAGGAAGUGAAGAUAAAGUUGCCAUCUGGUCUCGCUGAAGGCCAUCACUUGCUCUUCACCUUUUACCACAUUAACUGUCAGCCCAAACAGAGCCAGGACUGUCCUGAAGUUCCACUGGGUUACAGCUGGUUGCCAGUCUUGGACAAUGGACAUCUGCGCUGUGGAACCUUUGAACUUCCUGUUAAUUUGGACAAGCCACCCUUCCUUUAUUCAGUAUCGCCUAGCUCACUGCCUGGCCUGAAGUGGUUGGAUAAUCGGAAGGCAGGCUUUAGAUUGGAGUUACGACCAGUUUCAACAGUGCAUACACAGGAAAGGACCCUGGAGCGAUUCUUCUCACUGUGUGAAGCUGUGAGUGAACAUUACUCUUUAAUCCAUCAGACUGAGGCACUGAGCCAGGCUGUCUCCAUGCUCAAGCAGGUUUGCUUGGAGGAAUUGGUCCAGUUCCUGAACGUGGUGUUGGAUAAACUGCUGCCACUGUUACACUUGAGCUGCAGGAUGGGAGCAGAAGGAGCUCAUGUCAGCAAGGAAGUUUUUGAUGUGCUGGUUGCAAUUGUGGAUCGUCUGCAAAAUAGUGAAGAGGUGAAGAAAGACGCAUUAGGCCGAAGUCAUUAUCUAGCUUCGUAUGUUCACUACAUGUUCAAUAUGCCAGCUCUCCAUGAGAUCACAGCCUCAGAGUCGGAGAAAUAUGCCACACUCAAGCCAGAGGCAACAGCUGCGUUACGGAGGAUACGACUGCGCAGCACCAGUGACCCUGCAAUCCAAUCAUCUAAACCCAUGCUGCCAGAAGACAGAGGAGGCAGUCAGAAACACUCAAAGUUAUUCCAUGAAGAGUUGGCCUAUUGCAUUGUGUUAACCAAUGGACAAGUGAGAGAUCAAGUUUACAGGCAUCUGUGGUUUUUCUUUGAACUGUUGGUUAAAAGUAUGAGCCAGUAUCUCUCCGACAUGGACCGCUGGAAAUGUCCUCCGAAACAACGGUUCUCCGAGAGUUACCGUGGCAUUGUCUACACGAUGGUCAACAUUGGUACAGAGUAUGUAAAAAAUCAGGAUGCUGAAAUCACAGAAAUGACAAACCUGAGCCUUGGGUUCUUCCUGAAUGACCUGCUAUCCCUCAUGGACAGAGGCUUUGUUCUUCGUCUGAUUGGUCACCACCACAAAGAGCUUCUAGAGAAUGCUGCAGCCCAGCCUCAUCUCCAUGACAGACGCAUCAACUUCCUGAGGGUUGUCUGCAGCCACGAGCACUUUGUGACCCUGAACCUACCGCUUGCAUCGCACUCCAAGCUUCAGGAUGACAACAGACUCUUAGAGGAUACCACUGUUCACAACAGUCCAGCUGGAAUGUUCAGUCUUUCCAGGAGAUUCCGCCAGCAGCACUUCCUGGUGGGGCUGCUCCUAAAGGAGAUAGCUGAUGUACUGAAACCGGACUCAGGCAGAUUGAUCAGAAGAGAAGUAGUGAGUUUACUUCAUAGCCUCCUGGCUUCUCAUGAUAAAGACCCAAGGCUAUGGAACCGUAAGCUGAAGGUGAAAGUGGCAGAAUUGUAUCUGCCAUUUCUGGUCAUCAUUCUGACUGCUCUCCCUCAACUGCAGAACCUGUCAGAUUCAGAUGGCCCGAAGAGUAAGUUGACAACACGCUAUUCUAAUCCCAGAAAUGCCUCCAGCCUCAUAUUCACAUCGCCAGUGCUGUUGACCCCAUCCAGUGCUUCAUCAAACAGAUACUCAACUCCCAUCGCAGGGUUUUCAAGUCCAAGUGCCACCAAAACAGCAGAAGUGACCCAGACACUCUUGUUCUGCUUCCUGUGGGUCCUGAAGAACGCUGAUGAAACAACUAUUAAAGGAUGGAUGCAGAGCCUUCCAACCCCACAGUUGCUCAGUUUUCUGGAGCUCCUUGACCUCUGUGUGUCCAACUUUGAGUACGAGGGCCAGCCAUCCACAGAACAGAUUGGCAGCCAUGUUUACAGGAAGUCAAGAGACAUGAAGGCACGGCUGGAGGAUGCCAUCUUUGGGACCACAGGAGCCCGCAGUGAGAUGAUGAAACGCCGGGAAUAUCCAGGAAUUGACAGGUUAUUCUCUCGGGUGAGUGUGGGCCUACAGGAGAAGUUACGCUGGCGAAAGGAUCUGACACAGUGGCGUCAAGCUGUUGAUAAAGACAAGUUCAAGGCGGAACUUCAACAAGAAGCCCUGAUCAGUGGGAACUUGACCGUGGAGACAAACCUGAUUGUGCUCGACACCCUGGAAUUGAUUGUCCAGCAGUUCAGCUCAAUGCCGGAGUCUAAACCUGUAAUCAUGGUGGUCCUGAAGGUCCUGAUUCACAGCCUGUGCUGCAACCAAAGUACCCUGUACCUUCAGAACUGCUUCAACACGCAGAGAGCCCUCAUCGCCAGGUUUCCAGAAGUACUUUUUGACGAGGAUUCAGAGCAUUGCAUGGAGCUGUGCUUGCUACUGCUCCAGAGGUGUAUGAGUCAUUUUGAGAGCACAAGAGCCCAGGCCUCAGCCUCUCUCUACCUCCUCCUGCGGCAGAGCUACAAAGAGCAUUUUUCAACAAUGAAAAUGUAUAUCACCCUAUCCCUGGCUUCCUUAGCGGAGAAAAUAUCGAACCAGGAUGAGCACUGUCUCCAGAAAUCUCUGGGGAUAAUGCUAAUCUACCUGGAGACGGACAAAGCCAUGGAAGGUACCAGUUUCUCCAUACAGGUGGAAGAGCUCUUAAGGAACCUAAAGGCAGUGUUGUGUGACACCGUGAAACUGCAGGAUUUCCUGGUGGAUGUGGACAUGCAAAUUGACCUGAUGUUCAGAAUUGCAAAGGGUUUACAGAAUUACUUGGAUCUCCGCCUAAUGUGGCUGCGGAACAUUGCAAUGAAGCACAUAGAACGGAAACAGUUUGCUGAGGCAGCGCAUUGCAUGGUGCACAGCGCCGCUCUGGUGGCAGAAUACUUGAACCGUGUGGAAGGAGCUGUCCAUUUGCCCAUGGGCAGCAUCAGUUUCCAGAAAAUUUCCAUUAAUGUCUUGGAGGAAUCUUUGGUGUGUGACGAGGUCUUUUCCAUGGAAAAAGAGGGCAUUUGCUCCGGAAACUCCUUCAGUGAAGAGGGUCUUCUGGAGUUACUGGAUGAAGCAGUUGAGCUCUUCAACAAAGCAGAAUAUUAUGAAGCUGUUUAUGAAAUUUACAAGAUCAUAAUUCCGAUUGCUGAAUUUUAUCGGAACAUUAAAAAAUUAUCAGCUAUCCAUGGAAAUCUGAAGGAGACAUUUGAUCUGAUCCUGAGUAAGGAUAGUAAGAGAUUGUUUGGAACAUACUUCCGCGUGGGAUUCUAUGGGUCGCUGUUUGGAGAGUUGGAUGGGCAGGAAUAUGUCUACAAGGAGCCAGGGAUCACAAAUCUAGUGGAAAUCUCUGCCAGGCUACAGGAAUUUUACAAGAAGCAGUUUGGAAAAGAUCGAGUGGAAGUUAUCAAAGAAUCGUCACCAGUGAAGAAAGGAAAGCUGGAUCCCAGCAAGGCCUACCUUCAGAUAACUUACGUCGAGCCUUACUUUGAGGAGUACGAAGUGAAAAACCGAGUCAGCUACUAUGAGAGGAAUUCAAACUUGCGGAGGUUCAUCUAUAGCACACCGUAUACAUUGAAUGGCCGGGCGCAUGGGGAGCUCAGCCAGCAAUAUAAACGCAAAACCAUUCUGACAACCCUGCAUGCUUUCCCAUACAUCAGGACAAGGAUCAGUAUCAUAGAGAGGCAGGAGGUUAGCCUGAGACCAGUUGAAGCUGUGAUUGAGGACAUGCAAAAGAAGACACAAGAGCUGGCACAGGCGACGAGUGUAAACCCGCCCAACAUGAAGCUGUUACAGAUGGUGCUGCAGGGCUCUGUGGGUACCACUGUCAAUCAGGGUCCCUUGGAAGUGGCUCAAGUAUUUUUGUCUGAAAUUCCUGACGAUCCAAAACUUUUCAGACACCACAACAAGCUCCGAAUCUGUUUCAAGGAGUUUCUGAAACGAUGUGAAGAUGCCUUGAAGAAAAACAAAAGCUUGAUCACAUCCGAGCAGCUCGAGUAUCAGCGGGAACUCGAGCGGAACUAUGAAGCCCUUGAGCACAACCUGCAACCAUUUAUUAACCGCAAGAUCCCACACCUUUACGUUAUGACUCGUUUAUAAUCUCCUGAGGGGAUGGGAAAUAUAUUCUGGAAGCAGGCCAAGAACACUGUAACUGUACAGAGUGACACACCUUGGAACGAUAUUACUAACUGUUUACUGUUCAUUUUGUGAAUAGUUAUCUCGUGUGAGAAUAGAGAAUGUAUUUAUAUAUCUGGUGGAAUGUGUUAAAAAUUUCUUCACUUACACUUGGCAUGUGAGCCUUGCCAUAACAUUCUGCUAGAAUAUUUAGGAGGAUUUAUUUUUAUUUCCUGAAAUUCUUUGCUAUUUGCCUGUCUCUCUGGGCUGACAGACUCUCCCGUUGCUAUGAUGAAUGGACAUAAAGCAAAAAAAAGUUAGCAAACUGGGUUGAUGUGGAUUCAUGUGUGACAAUAGGCCAGUUCUUCAUUUGCAUAACCUUUUGCAAGUAGAAGCCAGAGAUGGGGUGUUGCCAUUGGCUUUGUGCUGAAAGCACUAAAGUCUGUUCUCCCAAAUGUCAAAAUUUCUUGAUAACAAAUACAUCUGCAACUGAGUCUGUCCAGUGUUGUUUCUCCCCUUGCAUUUGAAUGCAGCAUGCAAGCUCCAAGACCAGAUGAGCUUUUCAAGCAAUUUCUGUUUUUGUCUCUGAUUUCCAACAUUCACAAUUCUUUCGGUUUUUUAAGCUCCAAGAUUGCCUUACAGGUUAUCGUCUUAUCAAAGUUUCAUGUCUCCUAAAGCGCAAGUUACCUACUCAGCUGGAUGUAGUUUGGUGCUCUGUGUUUACAUGUUUCUCAGCUCAUUCACGCCUGCACAACCAAUGAUGAAACCUUUAACAUCAGACAAUUGUCCCCAAACUUUCUCACAAGCAGAUGGAAGGCUAACAUUGAAUGAGAUAGAGAGAGAGAGAGAGAGGCCUACCACAUCAACAUUGGAAGUAGGUCUUGACAAGAUUUUUAAGAGGAAGUGGGAGAAGGCAUUUGGCAAGGAAAUUCUACAAAACAGAGUGCAGCCAGUUUGGAGGUUCAAAUCAUUUUCAAUAACACGUGAAUAGAAACAAAAUGGGACUUUAGACUGAGAAGAAGUAAUAGUACAACAUUUAUGUUCAAACACAUGAGUCGUGAGUUGUGGAUCAGUUUCACUGUGAAAUUGGUGCAGAAAGGGAACAUUUGGCUUUCUCUCUCACAUGCAUGCAAGCUAAAAAAUACUCAAUAUAAACUUACCUUGCCAAAAUUUGUGUUUUUACAUUUUCUACAACACGUUUUAAAAGAUAAACUGAGCUGGAGUGCGAGGAGAAAUAUUUGAGUAAUUCAUGACCAUGUGCAACUGACAUGCUGGGAAUUUCUGUAGAUUCCCGAUGCUCAGAUUGCUACAGCUGGCCUUCUCUGUGAGAGACACAGUUCAGAGGAAGGACUUGCAGGUGAAGCUGUUCUGAGAGGCAGAACUCUCAAAUUGAACAUAUUCUCUGCAGCUUGAUAGUCCCUUUACACUUUCUCUUUCAGUUCUGCAGAAACCCCACUAGGCCACAGGGAGCUGAUUGCUUUAACUUACUGAAUGGACACAUUGGUGUGUACCAACACAUUGACAAUUCAGCAAAUCCAGCACAUGAUCACAUAUGUGUCUGGAGAGUAUUAUUAACCAAUACAGACAAAUCUGGGAAACUUUGAGUUUCCUGUUGAGUUCCUGUGUUCCCUGUGAAUUAACAGCCUAUAACCAACAUCUCACUGAAACUGAAAGAACUCUGGUGGCUGGGAUGACUCAUCCAGCUGUUGCUAUCACCAGAGGCCUCCUCCUUCACCUACUACUCUCCAGGCCUUAAUGAAACAAAAACAAAGAAAAAAAAUGAAAGAAAAAGAGCCAAAGUAAAAAGAAGAAGAGAAAGAAAGCAAGCAGGAGUCGACCAGUCCUGGGCUCAACCCUGUUACUCUGCUGUCAUUUUGAUUGUUUUUGUUUGAGGAGCAAGCCAUCUGAGUGAACAGGGCAACUGGCUGUUUCUUUGACGAAUGAGUGAAGACAUUCUUCCUCAGAUCAGUUUUAUCCCUUCAUCAGAUAUUCCUUAGUUCCCAACUCACCAACCUGGGGAAACAGCCGAUUGUAUUCACCCUGCCACCCUCCCUACUGUAAAUUAUGGCAAACAUGACCUUUUUUUGUUCAUUGGAUAUGGGCAUUGCUGGCCAGGCAGCAUUUAUUGCCCAUCCGUAAUCACCCAGAGGGCAGUCAAGAGUCAAACACUUUGUUGUGGGUCUGGAGUCACAUGUAGGCCAGGCUACCUAAGGAUGGUAGUUUUGUUCGCUCAAGGGCAUUAGUGAACCUGAGGGGUUUUCCCCCAACAAUUGGCAAUGGAUUCAAGAUCAGCACAAGAAUCCAGAUUUUUAUUAAUUCAAAUUCCACCAUCUGCCAUGGCAAGACUUGAACCUGGUCUGCCAGAACAUUACCUGGAUUAAAGUCCAGCAAUAAUACCACUAGGCCAUCACCUGCCUAUGAGACAGGAGAAUAGAAUAUAGAGCCUGGGGAACUCAGAGAGAUUGUGAGAACUACAUGCAGAGACAGUGAAAGACCAUGGAAAACUGCACAGAGAGAGUGAGAGACUUGGGAAAAAUGUCUCUGGGAUAAUCAAUAUCCAUUGGAAAGGACCAUCAGAUGCAAAACAUUGUCUAAAUUUUCAAUCUCUGUAACAGUUCAGUUUUACAUAAUACAUAAAUUACAGCAAAGCUCCAGGUAACUGCAAACACCCAGUUAUUAUUCAGUCUUUGUCCUUUAAAUCUGAGGCUGUCCUUUCCCCAUUCACUGGCUGCCUUUUUUGUUCAAUUCCGAAAGUUGAAAUACUUCUGAACCAAUUUUCAGCUAAAAUCUGCUGAUCCACCUAUCGUAGCUCACCGUGGUCACUGGGGUAGAUAAC